CAGCUUCCUUUGGUUCGAAAAUCGAAACAUUAACAUUUAAAACAUCUGCAAAAUGGUCCACAAGAAGGACAUCCGACGCGUGGUGUACGGCACCUGUGUGGUGGUGGCUCCGCCCGGCGAGGGGAGCAGCGCCGCAAACGAGCCUAGCCGGGUGACCGUCAGCGUUCGGCGGCGCCGAGGUUUCUGCGGGAUACUGGCUGGCCCCUGGAAGGAGCUGGUAUCGUUUUCGUUCAGCGACCGGCUCAAGGCCCCAUUCUUCGACAGAGCCUUCCUUGACUUGGAGCGAGUCUUCAAGUACAACAGGAAGGCGGAUGCUAGCGCCGCGCAGGUCAAGAUCUGCGUGACACUGCGCAGCGGCGUGACUCGCGUUGCCCGCGUGAGUCUCGACGACUUUAUGGGGCAGCUGCUGCAGAGCGGCCGCCCUGAGUGUUUUUUCCUUUAUGUCUACGAGGAAAAGGUUGUCCUUCUUCAGGCCCACACGCCAUUGCCGGAGGUGCCAACGGAAUGGCCGUUUGACGGAGUGGCAAAUAACACUCACCGAGACCAAAAGGGUGGAAAGGACCACACCAGCAACGACCCCAAUGUCACCGGGCCAGAAAAGACGGAAACCAUUGACCAUUGGGUCGAAAAUAACGCUCCUACCAAUGACAGUGCACGCAAAGCAGAAAAGCUAUUCCCUGCUGAAGACAAAGAAAGUAAUGUGGCAGAAAAUGACAGGGAAACUCAAGAGGAAACUGUGAACGACGAGAACAAGGAGGCUCUCAAUGACAGAAAGGAAAGUGGACGAGGACACGAAGAUUCUGAUGAGAGUGACUGGGAGACCUUGGAAGUCACUGCAUACGCAGGCGAGGAGAGCGAUCUGAGCACUGACGAAGGCACUGACGAAGAGGAUGAAUGCGAGGCUGAUGACGAGGACUCACAGGACAGUGAACGGGAGCCUGAUGGGAACACAGGGGAGACUGAUGUAGAGACGGAGGAGACGGAAUGGGAGACCGACGAAGAACACUCCGAGGAGGAGACUGAACAAGUCUCUGACGAAGACUCGGAAGGAAGUGGGUGGGAGACAACUGAAGACGACGCCGAGGAGGACACUGAUGAAGGCCUAGGGAGCGAACGUGGCAGCGGUCGCGGCCUCCUGGCUAGGCUGACGGCGGCGUGGCGACACCACUGCCGCGGCCUGCUUGUGGCCGCCGAAGUGGCCUUGAUAAUAGGCACUCUGAAAGUGUGGGGGCCACCCGCUUACAUUGCGAACUGGCGUUGGGGCGGCACUGGUGGAGAGCUGUGAGGGGCGCGAGGAAGCCUCCCUUAGGGACGCGUCGAAGGCCCCCUUCUACGCCCACGCCUUCAUGUACCCGAGCACAUGUUCGGGUGCAACGGAAGGCGGCGCGGCGAGAGGCCGAUGGCCGACGCGGGCCUUGGAGGCUUCCUUAUGAACACGCCAAAGGCACCCCUUCUACGCCGACGCCUUCAUGUACCCGAGCACGUGUUUGGGUGCAACGGAAGGCGGCGCGGCGAGAAGCGUGUGGCCGGCGUGGCCCGGGAGGCUUCCUGCCCGGCUGCUGCAGAGACGGCGCCCGGAAUGCUUGUCCUCCUCUGUGGCGUCCAAGAAUCUCUUUCUUGGCCUUCCUCUCCUCCCGGGAGGCUUCAUCCUCCUCCCAUGCACUUUGCAUCCCUUAUUUGCACACCCCCAAACCCUCACAGCCUCGCCUUCUUUGCCUUCUUCGAAACGCCGUACCUAACCCGUCCCUCUGAUAUCCUCUCCUCCGAUUCUGCCCCGACUCGUUACUUCAAGGGAACUUCGCGACGCCAUCUCUGUACUCGCAAAAACCAUCACAGCUUCGCCUCUCCGAUCCGGUACACGUCCCGUCCCUCGGAGGUUCAGGCUCCCAGUACAACUAUAACCCAUGGCCAGAGGAGACGGACCGGGUUAUCAAGAGUGAUUUUCACGUUCAAGGUCCAGAGGACGUGUACAACUAGCACCUGCAUUACAAUAUUGUCCAUGAAAACUCCUGCAGCUUCCACGAGAGGCUUUUCAAAUAGGCGAAUUGAGGCGUGAGUACUCUUGUGCGGUGGAAUCAUACAUCGCACGCCUGGGCACGCUGCUCUCCCUACCGUCUGGAGUUUUCCUUCCACCUUCGCAAAUUCCAAAAGGGUUGUAGAAAAAAGGAAAAAAAGGACGUGCCCCAAGAUUGUGUCGCUGCUGUAUUUCUCAGUGUUUCUCUUACUUAUCAUCG